GCUUCACCGUUAAAAAAAAACAGCGAUAGCGUAUAUCUGGAGCUGAAGAAGACAGCUACGAGAAAACAUGCUGUAUUUGUCUUAAACGUGGACCACCUAAUUUAAUAUCACUCAAUCUCCCAUAAAACACCAGUUCAUGUGCAGCUUCCUAAAAUGUUGCACGCUCCAUAACAAAUGGUUAUCGAAAGAAGCUGGAAUGGUGCAUUUUUCUUUUCUUGUUUGACGUUUAUGGGGCUAAAGUUACAGAUCAAGUCAUAUCGCCGAAACACACGGAAAUGAAGGAUCAAGUCGAGGCUGCAGCCUGAAACACAGAUCCGCGAUUGUUCUAUGGUGAGGAGGACACCAGCUCUCUGACACCAUGGACAGAGGGUGGUUUAUUGGACAAGAGAAGAUUCUGCCUACAACAUCUGUGCAGGAGACACAUUUGUCUAGCGCUGGUAGAGUUUUUUCAAAGCCCUGUUUAGCCAUCAAUCUGAAUGAGAUGCUAAGGCAAGUAAAAGACGAUGUGGAUAAGAGGCUGAUUCCCAUCCGCCCGCCAGGUCCUAGAGUGUCAACGCCAAGCACUCGGGACUUCCACUCUUUCUUGUGUGAACCCAUACCGAAAUCCAUCAUACGACGACGCUCACAGUCUCUGCCGCCUACCACAGAGAAGAGAAGGAAAUGCAGACAUGUUGGUGUACGGUUUAUUGACUCCCUGGGCCUUGACCUGGAGGAUAUCAAGUUUUUCAAAUCUGGAGACGAACCAUCCAUACCACAGCACGUCAGCUUUAGAUUGCUGAUGGCCGCAGAGUUGGCCGAUAGAAACCAGUUGGAGAUAUCCUUGCCUUACUUAAAACCACUUUUUGACCAACAGACCAGCGAUCAUCCAGGAUUUUUGCAUCGUCUCUACAAGCACAAAGUGUGUCUCGAGAGAGUCUUGUGUUUUGAAUUUGGUGUCAUCGGAAUUGCACAAGUGCUCAAUCUAGAUUUUGAAAAAGACGUAACAGCUCGCUAUUCAUUUACAGAGUGGAAGAGCUGUGCCGAAACUAAGGCCUCAUGGGUCUCUACUAGCACUAAGAUCUGUGAAGGACGAGGUCAACUCACUUGUGAUACGUUCCGUUUCCACUUGCCUGUCCCUCCAUUCCUGCAGCCUGGGGCAAUGUUAGAAUUUGCCAUCAAAUAUGAGGUUUGUGGAGACGAAUACUGGGACAAUAAUCAUGGAGAAAAUUACAAGUUAGUUUGCCAUAACUACAAGCACACUGUGCCCAAAGAAUGUGAGCAUAGCAUGGUUCACUUUUUUUAAGAUGUUGCCCCAAAAAUGAAAAGCACACUUAUUGAAAAUUAUUACUUCCUUGUGAUAUUGACUGUUCAUUUUGUGUAAUAAAUAAAUAAAUAAAUAAAUAAACAACAAUUUAAUUUCUUUUACACCUAGACUCUGAAUGAUUCAGUUUUGAAUCUGGGAGGAAUCAACACUAACAGGAAAUGCAUCUAUAUUUAUCUGCAUCUUCCAGGCUAACCUAUGUCCUUGUAUAUUCCAGUGUUUUAUUUGCACAAGAAAGCACAUGAAUGUUUGGACUUGCAUUGGAAAUGAGGUUGACAAAAUGUCAAUGUAUCUAUUUCCCAAAAGCACUUUUUUCCCAUCUGUAUUUCACACUUAAGACACCUUAUU